UGUGAAUGAAUAUUGUCUAGCCACUCCCUGCUAGAGCAAUCUCAGGAAGUGCCCUAGCUCCUGAGCCUCUGUCUCUGCAGCCUCGUGGAGCUGUCUCUGAGGCCAUGAGCAGCAUAUUAUGCACUGCUCCUUAUUAUCCUAUAAAUGGUGUGUUUCUAUUCCAUUCAAUUGUGCUACUGUCACUUGUGUCUGUUUUCUAUCAGUCACUGGUGAUAUGAAGAUGUGAGGUAGAACUGCAACCUUCGGCUUGCAAAAUAAUACAAUCAGUAACAUUCAGAACCAGCGUGCCUGAGCGAUAGUACUGAAAACAGGAUUUGCCUUGCACUCAGCCAACACGGGUUUAAUCUCUGGCACCCAGUAUGGUCCCCUGAGUACUGCAAGACAUGAUUCCUGAGCGCAGAGCCUCCCUGAGCAUUGCAGAGUGUGCCCUCCCCCAAAAAAAAUUAAGAACCAGUUCCGUAUACCACUCUGUGUGGCUAAAUACAUUCAGAAUAUUAACUUGUUGCAACAAUAGAGUGACAACACAGAAAUCUCACUGUUUCAUAAAAUAUCCCAGUCUUCCCAGCCUGACCACGCAAAUCCAUUAGGUUAUUGAGAGACUCGGGUUGUUUUUUCUCCUUGUUUCACCAUUUACUAAGGAGGUAUCUUUUUUCUGCCUGCUUGUAACUGGGGAGUAGCCACAUUUAUAUUCUAGCUCAGAGGAAAGAAGAAAGAGAUGAGUUCUUUAAGUUGUGAUAGAUGAAUAUACGUUUUUAUUUUAUUUAUAAAUUCAUAAAUUUACUUGGGGGGUGUGUGUGCGCGCAUAUGUGCGCGUUCACUCAUACCUCUAUGUUGAGUCACCGGAUCACGGGGCAGACACCUAAUAUGACCUCUAACUGAAUGAUUUUAGGUCUGGUUUAAGUUUGAAGGAUAAGGAUCAGGUUUGGUUACUAACAGAAGUGGCAAUGGGGCGUGGAGCAUUUGCUGAGUCUCAGUACAUCAUGUUUCACCUUCAUUCCACUAACACUCCUGCUGGGGCCCAGAGGCCCAGGCAUCUUGUUCAUCAUCACACAGGGACUAAGUGGCAAAGCAGGAAUUUGAGCCGAAGCAAAAGUUUUCCUGAUAGUGUUUUUUAUCACGAGUUUGCCAAGCAAAUAAUUGUCCCCAGAAUGCCCACACAUGCCCUAGUCCUGAGCCAGUGAACCUACAAGUGUCACUUUAUAUGUCAAAAGAGACUUUUCACAUGUAACUAAGGUUAUGGACCUUGGGAUCAUCCAGGUGAGCCCAGUUUCCUCAGUCUGCUCCUUCAGAGCAGGAGGCCCCACUGGUCAGAUGGAGAUGGGGUGAUGGACAGAGCAAGGAUGUUACUGAGAAGGACUGCAUUUCCCAACAACGAGAUGGAAGAAGAAUAUUAAAGAAUGUAGUGGCUUCUAGAAAUAGGGAACUGCUUUUAGCAGUCAUCAAGAAAAUAGGCCCCUCUCUCCAAUUCCUCGGGGAACUGAAUUCUGCUGACAGUGCAGAGAGCAGCUCAGUUUUCUGGAGAGCCUCCAGUCGGAGUGAGCUUCCUAUCAUUUUGAGUCUAUUCUCAUGAGAUCUCUGGUGGACUUGUGCCCUGAAAAGCCACAGAAUAACAAAUUGGGGGCUGGACCGAUAGUACAAUAGAGUGCUGACCUUGCACGUGGCAGAUCUGAGUUUGAUCCCAGGCACUUCAUAUCGUCCCCUGAGUCCUGCCAGGAGUGAUCCCUGUGUGCAUAACCAGGAGUGAGUCCUGAGCACCUCCGGGUGUGGCCCAACAGCCCUCACAACCUCUAGAAAAUAAAGAACAAAAUUGGAGGCUGGAGUGAUAGCAUAGCGGGUAGAGUGUUUGCCUUGCACGCGACCAACCUGGGUUCGAUUCCCAGCAUCCCAUAUGGUCCCCUGAGCACCGCCAGGAGUAAUUCCUGAGUGCAGAGCCAGGAGUAACCCCUGUGCAUCGCCGGGUGUGGCCGAAAAAAGCAAAAAAAAAAAAAAAAAAACAAAUUUGUAUUAUGUUAAUGGAAGGAAAUUUGGGUAAUUAAUAACAGCAGCAGUAGAAAACAAAAUUUUGAUACCAAACAAGUACUGCUGUUUAAAAAAAAAAAAAACAGUGCUCUCUUCGGCAGCACAUAAUACUAAAAUUGGAACGAUACAGAGAAGAUUAGCAUGGCCCCUGCGCAAGGAUGACACGCAAAUUCGUGAAGCGUUUUAUAUUUUUUAUCUCCGGAAUGCUUAAUGUCAAAUGGGACUGCAUUGCCCUGGCCAGCAACGUCUCCCACACAGUGGUCCUGCGCCCCCUCAAGGCAGGCUACUUCAGCUUCACCUCUGCGACUGUUACUUACCUGGCGCAGGAGGACGGCCCAGUGGUGGUGGGCUUCACCAGUGCGCCGGGACAGGGCAGCAUCCUGGCCCAGCGGGAGUUUGAUCGACGGUUCUCCCCACACUUUCUGGACUUGGCAGACUUCGGGGUCAUGACGCUCCCAUCCAUCAGCAUCCCGUUGCUGCUGUGGCACUCCAGCAAGCAGAAGUACGACACUUCCAAGACUGAGUCAGCCUCCAUGACACUCUCAGCCUAGGACACCCAGGUGCUUUCUGGACUCUGAAGGGCACUGUCAUCACCGCCACCUCUGCUCCUGUCACCUCACACCUGCUCUUGGAGCCCCCAGCGCCUCCUGGGUCCCUGCCUGAAGCCAUAUGAACAGGAAUGCCUUUGGCAGAGUCCUGGCCUCCAGGCCCUUGGAGGCACCAUGGGGGUGCUCCUGGCAGCGUGGACUCUGGGGAUAGGGGGUCAGGGGACACCGCACCUUGGCUGCUGCCUGAUCUUGGUCCUAGUCUAGAAGUGCUUACCAAACGGGGUUUUCUAAUAAAAACCUGCCAUGUGUGUGGGGGAAACUACCUAAAAGUAGAAAUUCAGUUGGAAUUCAUUUAUUGUUUUGAUUGGGUUUAGGGGCCACGCCUGGUAGUGCCUGGUACUAUUCUGGGGGCCUCAUACAUCCAAGGCGAGUCUUCUAUCACUGUUACCUCCCUUGCCCCAGAAUAGGAGUGGGUAGAGGCUGCAAGAAUCUGGGAAGCAUGAUGGAAAACAACCUAUUCUGCCUAUUCUGCCUUGAACAGACUCUGAGUGCAAAUAUAGACAUUAGAACCACCUCAUUGGUGGCGCCGGCGUGAGUGCAGUAUAGGCAAAACUUCCCUGCUGAACGAAUCUAUAAAUCACCACGAACAGACGGUCGGUGGUGUGUGGGCAUCAAAGGCGCUGCUGGUGAGCCGAGAUAGCUUUGUGCUCUCUCUCUCUCUCUCUCUCUCUCUCUCUCUCUCUCUCUCUCUCUCUCGCUCUUGCUCUCGCUCUGUCUCUCUAGCCCAAUAAACUUUUCUUUUGAGUGAUAAAAAUAUUCUGAAAUUGGAUGAUGUUGAUGGUUGCACAACAUUGUGAAUAAGCUAAAUAUCCCUGA